AUGGCAGAGGCAAAUGCUGCGAGUAUUUCUACUCAUUACUACAAACUAGCCCAUUUGGGUAGUAUCAAUUAUACGAUAUAUGAAUCUGCCGCAAAUAAUGACCAGGCAUUGUUGGAACUAGAGUUGACAAUUAGACAUCAGUUCCCGGAAAUUUUAAUCACUUAUUACAACAAAAAUUUGUACUAUUUUACAUUUGGUCAUAAUGUGGAAUCUAUAAUUGAUUUGGUUAAAGAGUUCCCCCAACUUUCUAUUAAACAAUCAGACACUGCAACUUCGGAGCAGUUUGCUAAUCCAUUAAAAGUACCUAAUGAAUAUUUAACCUAUGCAGGUUUGAGUUUCCUCAAGGCAAUAAAGAAAAUGAUUUUGUAUAAUUUGUCAUUGCAAGGGUUGGUGAAGUUAUUUGGAAACUACUGUGUAAUAUCAAAUAAGGACCAAUCGUACUCAAUUCUAUGUCUUGAUCCUGUAUUGUUUCAAAACGGAGACUUGUUACUUUCAUGCCUAGAAAAACCAUCCGUCAGGUUAUUCGAUUCGUCACUUGCAUACCCACAGGACUGUUCCAUUGAAACAAAUUAUGUGAUUUAUUUAGUGCCAAGUGGGAUUAGGUGUCAUUUGUUUGAUGCAACGAACUUAAGAAACAAUCUUGUUGAGAAACCACAAGUCGAGAAUGAAAAAUUACUAGAAUUAUUAAGACUAACAACGGGUAUUGAUUGUAGCAAAAGUAGUCUCUGGGUCAAACUUAUCCCAAAUCUAAAGCAUUUAAACCAUCAAACGUCAUUUAUUGGCAAAUUCAUUCAUUCAGUGGACAAUAAAAAGUUCAUACUUUGGCCGUGGGAAUUGUGUUUAUUACAAUUUGGAAAAUUUGAAAAUCUAAAACAAGAGAUCAUAUCAGACACACCGGAUAUAAACAAUCCAUUAAAUUUAAUUGCAGAUUUUCUUGAUUUUCAAAUAACACACAAUACCCAUUUACAACAACAGAAGAUGUUAGCACAGGCGCAACAAGAACAACAACAACAACAACAAGAGCAACAGCAACAGCAAGUGCCCCAAAAUAAUCAACUGCAACUGAUGACUCAUCCGCCAUUGAGUGUUGGAAGUGUUCAUUCUAAUUCUGGAAUUGGGUCUGUGACAGAAAUCCCCAAGGAUAUUGAUUCUAUUGGAUUGAGUGCAACUACCCCAAUGGAUGCAGAAAUGUUCACAUUGCAGAAUACUGAAGAGUUUUUCAAAACAGAUCAGGCCAAUUUGAAUCCAGGAGACGAUACAAAUAUCACGGAACAGAAAAUUGAGAAAUCUGAAGAUGACGACAUGGAGAUUGACGAAUUGUUUGGAGGUGAUGAUAGUGAUGAAGAACGCAAUGAAGAAAAAGAAGACUCUAAAGAAAACUCAGUAAAAGUGGAUGCAGAUGAUUUAGAUGAUUUGUUUGCCGAUGAAAAAUCAGAAUCCAAUGUGGCAGUAGAAGAACCACAAAGUGAAGAGGUUGUCAAGGACCAAUUACCAAAUAUUCCUUCCGAAGAAGUGGAGAAUAACAAAGAGAAUUUGAAGCCAAAGGAAGUCAAACCUUCAUAUAUUGACAUUUUGAGGGAUCAAAUGACUAUAAAAAAAAUGGAUGGUAGUCCUGACUACAAAGAUCCAGGUGCGCCUUUGCCAAUUGUGCCAACUCCAUUAGUUCUGUCAACAAUUACUCAGUCAGCAAGCGCUACCAACCCACCAACUGUUGGCCCUUUUGAAGGAGCAUAUGAUAAUGUUAGUAAUUCUUCUGCUGGUGUGUACGGACAGUCUGCUCCGGCACUGCAAAUGCCACAACAGAAAUCGGUUUUUUCACCAAUUUUGUUUAAUCCAAUCAUCAAAAGUGAUAUUGACACAAAGUAUGGUAAGGGUGGUAAGUUUUAUGUCGACAAGGAUUCCUCCAAGGAUAUCGAUUUUGAGACCAAGAAGAGAACAUUGCGAGCAACAAGUGUCAGCGGUAUGGAGCCAUCGUUUAACACAGAGGAUAAAAAGAAACUUCAACAACAGAUGGAAGUUAUAGAAUCGUCAACUACAAGUAGUGGACUGGAAAAUGGCCAAGAUAAUGAACAUGAGGAUGAAGGAGAUGAUGAAGAUGAAGAUGAUGAUGAUGAUGAUGAAGAUGAAGAGGAAAGUGAUGUUGAUGAAGAACCUGAUAUUGGGGAUUUGACUCCAUUGAAAUUGAAUACUUAUAAUGAAUCAAUGGUAUAUCAGCAGAACAAUAAUGUAGCUUCAACUAAUAACAUUGCUACAGGUGGACAGGAAUUUCAGAAUAAUGGCACGGAAAAACAACCUUUUGCAAACUCAUCAUUAAACGCUGAAGGAUUUGGUUCACCAUUUGCAAGUCAAAUUAACAAAUUUGCAUUGAAACCAGAUUCUCCAUUUUCCACCAAUGAGAUACAAAGUUCUAUGUCACCAAUGUAUUUUGAUCCUCCGCAAAGUCAACAGUCGCCGCAGCUACAACCUACGGUUGGUAACCCCGAUACUACAAGCAAAUCAGCAGUAUUAGAUUCUCCAUCAAAAAUUAGCGAGUCUUCGAAUUACCUUCCAUUGCUUUUAAGAAACAUUAAUGUUGCAACAAUUCCAUCAUUGUUCUUGAUGAACAAUUUAACAAGCAACAAACUCUUGCCAUCAUUCACUAUUAAUGACGAAGAUCUGGAAAAUGAUUUGGAUAUAACUAAAAGCAAUGAAAUGAUUGUCAAAUUGGAGCAUUUGAAAGAUUUCCUUAGUUUUAUAACUCCUAAUAUUGUAUAUGAUCUUGGAUCCACCAGUUUUGAUAAUUUUCUGUACUACGUCAACAAUGUUAAGGAUUUAUCAGAUAGUGUUAGAGAAUUAAGGUUACCACCAGAAUCAUUUUUUAAUGGGUUAGCAAAGAUUUUCCCAUUCACGUACCCCGUAAAGUUGAUUGAGUUACUUCAUGAUGUGAAAUCCUUGGAGAUGGAAGAUCCGUUAGACAACCAGUUAAAUUUCUUGAAUGAAGUUGAUAAUGAAGAUGAAAGCUAUGCAGAUCCGAAAACACUUUACAAGAAGUUGAAAAGCAUUGAAUGGGAUUCUUUUGAUGUGAAUAAUGAAAAUAAAUUGAAAUUUGAAAAGUAUAAGGAAAUAAUCGGCAAAUUAAAUUUAGGAAAUUCUAUUAAUGAUGAUGACUAUUUUAAGUUACCUGUUGUUAAAACCCGUGUUUUGAAAAAUGGAAACAUCUUGAAUUUGAAUAAUGUUGGAUUAGAAUUCUGGAAGUAUUUGAAUUUUGCUCCAGUAAAGAAGCAGAAGAAUUUCCAAAUAUUGUUAAUUGCCGAGGCAAAUGGAAGCUCAUCAUCUUAUGCGAGUGAGUUCUUGGCACAGUUGGUGCAAAAUUAUAAGGAAAGUAACUUUGGUACUAUUUCGAAGGUCAAUCUAUCUACGGUUGAGACAAGAGCUGAUUUAGACCCAAUUUCGGAUGGUUUAGUGUUGAUAAGCAAAGACCCUAACCAGCUGUACAAUGACUUUUACAUUCAAACAAACAAAAAGUUGAUCUCUUUGGUUGAAUUAAUCAAAUUGGAUUUAAUCAACAAGACCAAUAAUUUUGAAUUCGAUAGACCGUUGUUAUUGUUCUUUGUGAAUUUCAAUGAAAGUUUAAACUCUGACUUGCAAAUUUGCAAAAUCUUUAGAAAUUUCAAAGUUGCCUUAAUGAGUCAUCAAUUACCGUUGGUUGAAAUAUUCACCAAGAUUGUUCCUUCGUCAUUAAUAGUCAAGAAGGUUAAUCAUGAGUCUACAUUGAAGGUGUUUAACAACUUUAAGUUGACAAAAAUUUCCAUGAAUCUAUACAAUGAGUGCCCAAAUGAUUUAGCCAAUAAAAAUAUAGCCAAGAACAUAUUCACCACUGUUGUGAAGGAACCACCAUCUAAGAUCCAGUUCAAAUUUAUCAACAACUCCUACAGAGAUAAUGGUUUUAAUGAUGAUAUCUUUUUGCAUCUUGCCUAUGAAAGAUCCAUAGAUAAAAAUUGGUUUGUUGCAUCCUGGUCUGAUCCAUUGGGACAAGCUGUUUAUACAAAGUCAUGGUAUUGCUCAGUUCCAUCAGGGUCCGUUAAUGAUCAGCUGAGAUCGCACCACAGAAAUGAUACCAUGGACGUUAUGGCAAUCACAGAUGAUAUGUGGAAUUGUUCUACUGAAUUGUUCAAAUUUUUAAAUGAUGAAAUUAAUUCCUUUGGCGGUAAUACAUUUGGUGGUAAGAAAUUCUUAGUCUUGACAAGAGUGAAUAGCAUAAUUCCUGACGAUGAGUUAAUCCAUUGGAAGAGAUUGAGUCUGAAGCAUAAAGAGAUUUCGCUUAUAGUUUUGUCUGUGUGUCAAACACCAAAAAUUGUCAGUUCAAGUGAGUUGAAAGAAGUGGCAAACAAAUCUAGCACCAGCACAUCACCGAUGUCAAUGACACAAGAUAAGGAUUCGUUUUUCAAUUUCAAAACAGGUUUUUCCAUGUCGAAUAAUUCUUCACCAGCUUCAGGUGGAGCUUUGGUUAUGUCUCCAAAUGGAUUGAGUUUCCAUUCUCCACAACAGUUCCUUAACGCGCCAGCCAAUUUCUUGUCUCCACAAGAUUUCACACCUGGUGGCACAUCUAGUGGAGGUAUGGAAAUUGAUCCUGAUAUGAUAUUGGACCGUGCUGAUAGCGAUAUCUAUGGCGUUGUUCCAAGAUUACCCCUUCCAUCAUUCAACUCGCCUACAAGGUUUUGUAUGAAAACAGGUUAUUUGAUGAUGAACAUCAAUGAUACAGCAGAUGAGUCUGAUGAGGAUGAUACCAGAAAGAAAUCAUAUAUACUUUUUGAGAUUAAUAUUCUUAGUUGCUCAAACUAUUGGAAUUUAGAUGUAUUAAUGAGAUUGUUGAUGUUACAAUAUAAGAAAAUGAUUGCUUUGAAUAAUAUAUUGUGCAUGGAGUCUAUCGAUAACCCAGUUGAAGGUUCAAAUUACAGCGACAAAACCAGUCAAUUAGUUCCCUGGCAUAUAAAUGCUGUUGGUAAAUUAUUAAAUUAUUUAGUACAUAUUUAUGUUGAUGAAGAGUAG